AUGUACCAUCCACAAUUAGACGCCGCCUCCCAGCUGCAGGACAUGGUGAAGGAGCUGCGGGAGCAGCUGGCUGCCGAGAGGGAGCUGCGCGACGGUCACCAGAAACGCGCCGAGUCGCUGCAGGAGGACCUGUUUGAGACCCGCACUGCGCGUGAGAGUCUGCUCAGUCAGUUGUCGGAGACGGCCACAGCGGCCGAGACGCUGCAGGGUGUAGUCGACGAGCAGAAACGACAACUCUCCGAGCUGCAGGAGGCGGCGGCGGCCGACCGGCAGCACCAGGCGGCCGCUGAGCGCUCCCGCCAGGAGCUGCAGCAGCUGACGCGCGAGGCCGAGGCGCGUAUCGCCCAGGUGCGAGCGGAGGUGGACGACCGGCUGGCGGCCGCGCGGCGGGACGCCGAACAGGAGUGGCGCGCCAGACUGGAGCAGCGGCUGGUAGAGGCCGGCCGGGAGGCUAACGACAGGGUGGCAGCGGCACGGGCGGAGGCGGAGGAACAGUGGAGGGAGAGAGUGGCGGAGGCCGGGAGGGAGAGGAAGGAGGAGGGGGAUGUGGAGGCGAGGCUGGCGGCGGCGAGGGAGGAGGUGGCAGAGGAGUGGAGAGGAAAGCUGGAGGCGCGGGUCGCCGAGCUGACGGAUGAAACGGAAAAGAAGGUGGCGAAAAUCAAGGAGGAAGUCAAUGAUGACUGGAAGAACGAACUCGCCGCUGAGAUCCGCGCUGAACUCGAGCCCUCUGUUCGCGCCACGGUGACGGCCGAGCUGGAGUCGUCCCACCAGCGGGAGCUGACCGAGCUCCGGUCCUCUGCCGAGGCCGAGCGGGUCGCGCUGCGCUCCAACCUGGAGCGGGAGCACCAGCAGCGCACUGAGGCGCGCAUCGCAGAGGUACGCGCAGAGGUGGACGCCAAAAUAUCGGCCACGCUGCAGAGAGCCGAAGGCACGCUGGCCCGGCUCAAAGACAACCUGGAGGCCGAGUACGCGCGGAAGGCGGCGGACGACGCGGCGCGGGUGGGCGCAGAGGCCGACGCCAGGGUGGCCGCCGAGGCUGCCAGACUGGAGGAGGAGCUCGCGGGGAGGAUGAGUGAGGAGCGCGAGCGGUGGGAGGAGGGGACGCGACAGGCGGAGGAGGCGCAGGCCCAGGCGGAGAGCGAGAUCAGACGAGAGGCAGCGGCACGGCUGGUAGAGGCGGAGCGGGCGGCGGAGCAGAGGAUAGCGCAGCUUCAGAACCAGCUAGAUGUCGCUGAAAAGGAGAGAAGAGAUACGACUCAGAGUAAGCUGACUCUUAGUGAGACGGCUAUUUCCAGACCAACUACCCCUCGCGUGGCGGCCAGUGAGCUCGAUAUCCAGAUGCAGGAAGAGCUGGCCAGAAUAACGUCCGACUACGAGCACCAGGUCUCCGAGAUACGGGCCGAUCUGCUGAAAGUCAAGGCGGUGUUCGAGGAGGAGAAGAGAGCAUCCGACGACGAAAAGCGUCGCCAGGUGGACCGCUCGGAGGCGGCGCUGUCGGCCGAGCGGCUCCGGUCCGAGCACCAGCAGCAGCAGCUGGCGGCUCUCUCGGCCGAGCUGGCAGCUGCCGGCGCCGCGCGGACAGCUGCCGAGACACAGCUGGUGGAGCUGCGCGCACAGCUGGCGCAGAGACACGCGGACAGUCGCGUGAUACGCCACCCGCCGUUGGCUGUGAGCGAUGCCGGGAAACAGACGUCCACCACCACUGCCAGUCCGCCUACCAUGUAG